GAUGUCAGCCGCAGACUACUACGGAAACAACAACGGCGGUGGCUAUCCCCAGAACUACAACAACAGCCCCUCCCCAUACCCAUCUCAAUCCCAAUACGCCCCCUCCCCAUCCCACUCCCCGUACCCCCCACAGCCCACCUACGCGAACGGCGCAUCCCAUUCGCCGUACCCAUCGCAAUCCACCUACGCCCCGUCGCCAGCAGGGCAACAAAACAACUAUCUCGCGCCCUACCCCGCGCAGUCCCAGUACGCACGGCCCGGCUCCGCACACUCGGAUGCCGGAUACCCGCCGCCGCCCUACCCGGACGAGAAGCACCAGCGCCCUGGCGCCUCGCCGUAUGAUGGCGGGCGUCCCCACUCCGCGGGUGCACAGUCGCCGCAGCAGCAGCAGUACCAGCACGAUCCGAACCAUCCGCAGAGUGGCGAAGGCGAGGACGGCGAAAGAGGGCUAGGCGCGACGUUGCUUGGUGGCGGAGCGGGCGGGCUGCUGGGGAAUAAGUUGGGGAAGGGGAAGCUGGGUACGUUGCUGGGGAGUGCGGUGGGUGCGGUGGCGGCGAAUAUGAUUGAGGGGAGGAUGCAGAAGAGGCAUGAUGGUCAUGUUAGUGGGCAUGGGCAUGGGCAUGGGCAUGGGCAGCCGCAGUAUGCGCAGGGAGGAUAUGGGUAUGCACAGCCGCAGUAUGCGCCGGCGGGCUACGGGUAUGGGCAGCAGUCGCCUUCGCAUCAUGGGGGUUCGCACUCCGGGCAUUCGAGUCACUCGGGGCAUCAUGGACACCACGGGCAUCACAGCCACCACGGGCAUCAUGGGCAUCAUGGUCAUCAUAGCCCGGGGGGUUGGUAAACGAAGACAGAAAAGAAAAGAAAAGAAAAGAAGAAAAAAAAAGGAGAAAUACGGAUACUAGAUUGAUUGAUGAGGGGGUAACGAAAGCGAGGACGAUGGAUGAUGGCGUUAUACCUAGGUUAGGUGGUUUGGGCUUGGAUUUGGGUUUGGGUAUGGAUUCACUUGCACUUGUAAUUGUUUCCUGGAUCGGCUCUCCUCUUCACGGUUAUUUUAAAUUUUUGGUUGGGUUCGGUAAGGGGGUUGGAUGAGAAUGACGAUGGUGAUGGCCAAACGAUACGAUAUGAUGCCUCGAUGGUCCUUGAUGGGAGUGCCGAUAUGUUAUGCGGAGUACGUCAUACGUUACACGUUUUUGGUAUGGUACAGCAUGUGUGCCCAGGUGUGUAUGCUUUAUGAAUAUACUUUACGAGAAUGCUUUAUGGGGUGCUGGCUGGAUGAAAGGUCGGACUUGGUUAAGCCGAGCUACAGAGUACGAGAUAGAGUAGGUACCUACGAGAUAAAUAUACCCAACGAUAAUCCUACAGAUUGCCCCUA